AUGGCAGUAUCAAGGGUGCAAGAGGAAACAGAAGCAUGCGAAGCCUUUCACAGCAUAGGCAUGGAAUCAAAAUACAUUAUUGUCACAUCUUUUUCUAUCAGUGCAACCAUUCAGGGGUGUCCACACGGUGGUGGCCACGAUGAGGCAGCCGCAGGACUCACCCCGACGGAGUUUGUGUCCAGGCAGGAGGCCCGACCCUGCCGCACCCUGAGUCCGCCGGCUGAGCUGACAGCCCGGCAGGCGGGGCGCCCGGGGAACCGCCCCCUAAGGCAGAGGCGGAAGUGGAAGCGCGGGGAGCCGUCGCCACGGAGACGGGAGGGGCGGGGCAUAGCCCAGGGCGCGAAAUUGACCCGCAGUGGCGCCUGGUCGCGCCCAGGCGGUGGGUCUGUGGGCGGCUCGCAGGUCCCGGCGGGCAGCGUGGAAGGUGAGCGGGCGGGAGCGGCCACGGACUCGGCGCCGAGACCCCCGCGCCAGGCCUGGGGACGGGGUGGGACCCGGGAGGGCGCUGCCGCCGCCUUCGCAGGCUCCCUCCCGGCUGCCUGUCCCUCAGGCCCUCCUCGUGGGCUCUCCCACCGAAGUCCGCCCGGUCCCGCGCUGUCCUCGUUCUCCCGAGGGCGGGUCCUCCGCGGGGACUCCGCUCACAGCCGGGUGUGGUCUCGGCUGCAGUGUCCUGUCCAGGGCGGCGUGGCCGCAGCAGCCUCGCCUGGGACCCGGACUCCAGGUGAAAGAGGAUGCCCGGCCAGCAGGCGCCCUGCAGAGUGGAGGGCGACGGAGGAGGAGCCUCCGCCAGGGCGAGGGAGGCCGCGUGGAGAGGAGCCGCCUCCAGAGUGGAAAUGUGAGAGGAAGUUGGUGACAUCUGUCAGCUGGAUACAUUGCCCAAAGAAGACCUCAAAUGUGUGCCAAGAAGUCAGUGAUUCUAUUGCAGAGAACUCCCUGGAAAUGUACAGGAAGAAAGUGCCUUCAAACACCUGUGCACCUGGGAAUCCAGGCAUCUGCUUCACUUCAGAAGAUGCACUCAUGAUUCAUUUCAAGACUUGAGCAGGAAGAACUGAGCUGCAGGUAUACCGCAGGUACCUUGCAUUGCAGAUGGGUUAGAAGAGAGAAGAGCUGCUUCAUGGGAUUUGAUCACGUUUUUCCUGAAAGUCCCACACACAGACUUGAGAACCUUCAGGGCUUCACUGUGAGUCAGCCCCAUGGGAAUGCGGUAGGUGGGCAGUCGGAGGUGGUGUGCAGAACCUCAGUGAGGUCUUGAAAGACCACAUCCCACACCACAACCAGGAGCAGGGAAAGGAGCCCUCUCCCCAUGUUGUAAGUUUAUCUCUUGUUUUAUAACAAGAUCAUGUCUUGUGAAAUUUUGCACACAUUCUGAAUCAUUCCAAUAAGUUUGGAUGAUCUGGGAAGCAUGGAUUUCAUUCUGUUUUUUCUCCCAUAUGAUGUGUUACCAGGUGGGAACUUGAAGACAUGAUCAGGCCAUGGAGUCUCCUCCUUUGGGAAGGGGCUACUCAAAGAAAUCCUUGUUCCUGUUUUACCUUCUGCCAGAGGAGGACAGAAGAAGAUUUUCAGAUAUGGGUACCUGACUUGCAGCCUCCAGAAUUUGAGAAAUAAAAC